AUGAGAAGGGAAGAGCGUGAGCGUCACGAUGCCCUGCGCAACUCCACGUCAUCAGCCGUCGACGUUGACGCAGACACCAAAGAAAAGGUCCGCGCAGAGUGCAUCGAAGACGUUGGCGGCGAGGGAGCCUUUAUUCCACCCACUGAGUUCCAAGCUCGCUUCGAGACGCUGCGCCAUCUUAGCAGCGACGAAAUGGACAAGUUGAACUUGCGCGUGCGGAAAAUAAUUGACUGGCGAAUGAUGCCGUGUGUAUCAGUCAUGUUUCUGAUGAACUACCUUGACCGCAUCAACGUGUCAAACGCAAGACUGGCAGGUCUGCAGAAAGACCUAAACAUGAGCGAUACAAUGUGGAACACGGGAAUCUCGACAUUUUACGUCGGUUACCUGGUUGGCCAGCUGCCGGGAAACAUGCUGCUGGCGAGGACGAACCCGCGAUACUUUUUGCCGGCAGUCAUGUUUAUGUGGAGUUGUGGCACGAUUUGUAUGCCUGCCAUGACGAAUGGCGCCGGGUUUGCUGUUUGCCGAUUCUUCAUCGGCCUGACUGAAGCACCAUUCUUCCCUGCGCUCACACUAAUAACAUCUUCAUGGUACACCAAAGAAGAAAGUCCUCUCCGCAUGGCCAUCUGGCACGCCGGCAACACAAUCUCCAACAUCAUCUCUGGCUUUUUAGCAGCCGGCAUCCUCGAACACAUGGACAACACGGCCGGUCUGCGCUCAUGGCAGUGGUUCUUUCUGAUUGAAGGCAUGGCAUCCAUUGUCGUAGCCUGCGCAGCCUUUAUCUUGCUGCCAGAGUGGCCGUCCAACACGCGCUUCCUGACCGAGCAAGAGCGGGAGAUGGCGCGGUACCGCAUCCUAGUGUCCAACGGCGGGCACGAGGAGGAAGACGGCGGUUUAUGGGAUGGGUUGAAGCAGGCGGUGCGAGAUCCAUUUACGUGGUUAUUUUGCUUGAUGCAUUUCGCGCUGGUCACUGCGCAAAGUUUCAAGGACUUUUUGCCAUCUAUCAUGAAGACAUUCAACUUUAACAAGACAACCACCUACCUCGUCCAAGCGCCACCGUAUGCCAUUGCCUAUGUCUCUGCCUGCCUGAUUGCCUACUCCUGCGGGCGCUUCCAAGAGUCCACCUUGCACGUCGUCGUGCCCAUUCUCUUUUCCGCCGUCGGCUGCGCGGCCCUCAUCGGCACGCUCAACGUCGGCGCGCGGUACUUUGGCUUGGUGCUGCUCAUCUCGGGCACGUACAGCGGGCUGAACCUGCAGCUGUCGUGGGAGACGACGGUGGUGCCGGCGCCGCGGGCCAAGAAGGCGGCGCUGAUUGCCGUGGCCAACUGCGUCAGCCAGGUGAGCCACUGGUUCAGCCCGUACUUUUACCCGACGAGCCAGGAGCCGUACUACCGGAUGGGCGGCGGGCUGCUGAUUAUGGGGUGCGCGCUGGUGGUGGUGUCGGCGCUGGGGGUUCGGUGGAGGGCGCAGAGCCUCAACAAGAGGCUGGACGAGGCCCAGGGGUGGACUGCGCAUUCGGGGGUUGAGAGAGGAUGGCGAUACAAGGUAUAA